AGAAUCAUUCUUCUUGCUUUCAUUCUACCAUUCAAUCAAUAAAGAUGUUGGCACGAUCUUUGGCUCGUAGCAUUGCUCUCAGAAGUAAUAUUGCUUCUCAAUCGAGAGCAAGUAUUACCCUCAAGAGCUUAUCAGUCAUCAACCCUUCUGCCGCUUUCUCUACCUCAUCAAAGGCUCUUGCACCAAAUGCUAAAACGGGUCUGUAUGACUUUCACGUCAAGAAUGGAGCCAAGAUGGUACCAUUCAGCGGGUAUGAUAUGCCUUUGACAUAUGGAGAUGUUGGUCAAGUAGCCAGUCAUAAGCAUGUCCGUAGUGCAUGUGGUUUGUUCGAUGUAGGACAUAUGGUUCAGCAUUCUUUCACCGGUCCAGGUUCAUUGGCUUUCUUGGAAUCUUUGUGCCCUACUUCUUUGUCCGUUUUGGAACCUUGGUCAUCUUCUCUGUCCGUCUUGCUAAACGAUCAAGGAGGCAUCAUUGAUGACUUGAUCAUUUCCAAACAACAUGAUGAUCAAACAUGGUACGUGGUGACAAAUGCAGGAUGUCGUGAAAAGGAUUUAGCCCAUUUACAGGAAAAGCUUUCUGCAUGGUCAGGUGAAAAGGUGGAUCAUAAAGUACUUGAAGACUAUGGACUCGUUGCUCUUCAAGGGCCAAAUUCGGCAGAAGUUCUGGCUAAACACACCGAUACUGAUCUUACCAAACUAACUUUUGGUAAAAGUGUUAAAGCCAACGUCGCCGGUGCCGAAUGUCACAUCGCUCGAGGUGGAUACACAGGAGAAGAUGGAUUCGAGAUUUCCAUACCACCUCAACAAACAGAGGCUGUUACACAAGCCCUCUUGGACACUCAGCCCACUCAAUUGGCAGGUCUUGCAGCCCGUGACAGUUUGCGUUUGGAAGCCGGGAUGUGCCUUUACGGUCAUGAUUUGAACGAGAGUAUCUCUCCUAUCGAAGGUGCCCUUGCUUGGCUAGUGUCAAAAGAUCGCAGACAGAAAGCGGAUUUCCCUGGUGCAGAACGAAUCUUGUCAGAGUUAAGCAAGGACAAAGGCCCGAAAAGGAGAAGAGUUGGCUUGGUGAUCGAAGGAGCACCAGCGCGUGAAGGAGCACAAAUUGUGGCAUCAGAUGGUACAACACCUCUAGGCACAAUCACAAGCGGUAUUCCAUCUCCUACUUUGGGUCAGAAUGUUGCUAUGGGGUAUGUUCUGAACGGCUAUCAUAAGAAAGGUACAGAAGUCCUCGUUGAUGUUCGUAAGAAAUUAAGAUCUGCCAAGAUUGUUGGAAUGCCUUUCGUACCGAGUAAAUUCUACAGAGGAUGA